AUGAAGCGCAGCCUGAAGAAGAUGUUGCGCCCGGGGGAGAAGAAGGAGUCCCAAGGCGUGGUCUACCAGGGCGUGCAGGUCGACAUGGACGACUCCAAAGAAUCGCUGAAGGUGGUUUUUGAAGGAAGUUCAUGUCGAAUACGAAGCUUUAUCAAGAGGCAAAAGAGCAUAAGUGGCAAGAAUGAGAGGAAUUCCUCCCCUCUGCAUCACGCUGCCGCAGAAGGUGAAGUGGAGAUGAUGGAGAUGAUCAUCAAAGAUUCCUCUUGUGAAGUGCUGAACUCAAUGGACGAUUAUGGAAAUACCCCUCUGCACUGGGCUGCAGAAAAAAACCAGGUUGAAAGCGUGAAGUUUCUUCUCAGCAAAGGAGCGAAUCCAAACCUUCGAAACUGCAACAUGAUGGCGGCCCUUCACAUCGCCGUGCAGGCCAUGUUUAAUGAGGUGGUGAAGGUCUUGACUGAGCACAGCAGUAUUAAUAUUAAUUUGGAAGGAGAAAAUGGAAACACAGCUGUGAUAUUGGCAUGCACCAAAGAUAACAGUGAAGCACUGCAAAUUUUGCUUAAUAAAGGAGCUAAUCAAUGUAAACCCAAUAAAUGGGGCUGUUUCCCUGUUCACCAGGCUGCAUUUUCAGGUGCCAAAAAGUGCAUGGAAAUAAUACUGAAGUAUGGUGAAGAACAUGGGUACAGCAGAGAGUGUCACAUUAACUUUGUGAAUAAUGGGAAAGCCAGCCCUCUCCACCUGGCUGUUCAAAGCGGCGACUUGGAAAUGAUUAAAAUGUGUCUGGACAACGGUGCCCACAUAGAACUGGUAGAGGAUGGGAGGUGCAUGGCCCUUCAUUUUGCUGCCACCCAGGGGGCCACUGAGAUUGUCAAACUGAUGAUAUCAUCCUAUUCUGGUAGCACCGAUAUUGUAAAUGCAGUUGAUGGAAAUCAUGAGACCCUACUGCACAGAGCCUCAUUGUUUGAUCACCACGAACUGGCAGACUACUUAAUUUCAGUGGGUGCAGAUGUUAACGUUAUUGAUUCUGAAGGACGCUCUCCACUUAUAUUAGCAACUGCUUCUGCAUCUUGGAAUAUUGUCAAUUUACUACUCUCUAAAGGUGCCCGUGUAGACAUAAAGGAUCAUUUUGGACGUAAUUUUUUGCAUUUGACUGUCCAGCAACCUUAUGGAUUAAACAAUUUGCGGCCUGAGUUUAUGCAGAUGCAGGAGAUUAAAGAGCUGGUAAUGGAUGAAGACAAUGAUGGGUGCACUCCUCUGCACUACGCGUGCAGACAGGGGGUCCCCGUCUCUGUAAAUAACCUCCUUGGCUUUAACGUGUCCAUUUAUUCCAAAAGCAAGGAUAGGAAAUCACCCCUGCAUUUUGCAGCCAGUUAUGGGCGUAUCAAUACCUGCCAGAGGCUCUUGCAAGACAUAAGCGAUACGAGGCUUUUGAACGAAGGCGAUCUUCAUGGAAUGACUCCGCUCCACUUGGCAGCGAAAAAUGGACACGAUAAGGUAGUGCAGCUUCUCCUGAAAAAAGGUGCAUUAUUUCUCAGUUCAGUAAUGAUGCAGGCAGUUCAGGAAAAGGGCUGCAGGCUGAUUCCUCACUGCUCAUUUCUUGUCUGCUUUCUCCAAAAGAACACGGCGCUGCACUUUGCCGCGAGGGAUGGCCACGCCAAAGCUGUGGGGCUGCUUCUGAGCCACAAUGCUGACAUCGUCCUGAACAAGAAGCAGGCCUCCUUUGUGCACCUUGCACUGCACAAUAAGAGGAAAGAGGUGGUUCUGACGGCCAUCAGGAGCAAAAGAUGGGAUGAAUGUCUUAAAGUUUUUAGUCACCGUUCUCCAAGCAAUAGAUGUCCAAUCACGGAAAUGAUAGAAUACCUCCCUGAAUGCAUGAAAGUAAGCUCUCUAAAACAAAACUCUUUCUCGAUUGAAUAUAAUUUCAAGUAUCUUCAGUGUCCAUUAGAAUUCACCCAAAAAACGAAACCGUCUCAAGCUGCUGCCUACGAGCCUCUCACAGCCCUAAAUGCAAUGGUACAACAUAACCGCAUAGAGCUUCUCAAUCACCCUGUGUGUAAGGAAUACUUACUUAUGAAAUGGAUGGCUUAUGGAUUUAGAGCCCAUAUGAUGAACCUAGGAUCUUACUGUCUUGGCCUCAUACCUAUGACUCUUCUUGUUGUCAGUAUAAAGCCGGGAAUGGCUUUCAACUCAACUGCAAUCAUCAAUGAAACUAGCAAUUAUUCAGAAAUAUUAGACAGCACGCAUUCAUAUCCAAUAAAAGUGUGUAUGAUUUUAGUUUUUUUAUCAAGUUUAUUUGGGUACUGCAAAGAAGUGGUCCAAAUUUUUCAACAGAAAAGGAAUUACUUAUCGGAUUUUAAUAAUAUCAUUGAAUGGAUUAUCUACACAACAAGCAUCAUUUUUGUGCUGCCCUUGUUCAUUGAUAUACCAGCUCACGUGCAGUGGCAAUGUGGAGCAAUCGCCAUAUACUUUUACUGGAUGAAUUUCUUGUUGUAUCUGCAAAGAUUUGAAAAUUGUGGAAUUUUCAUUGUUAUGUUGGAGGUAAUUAUGAGAACUUUGUUGAGAUCUACAGUCGUAUUUGUCUUCCUUUUUUUGGCUUUUGGACUCAGUUUUUAUGUCCUCCUGAAUUUACAGGAUGCCUUCAGCUCCCCGUGGCUGUCCAUCAUACAGACCUUCAGCAUGAUGCUGGGAGAUGUCAGUUAUCAAGACGCCUUCCUAGAACCGUUUCUGAGAAAUGAGUUGGCUUAUCCAUUUGUGUCCUUUGCACUACUCAUUGCCUUCACAAUAUUUGUCCCAGUUGUCCUCAUGAAUUUACUUAUUGGUCUGGCAGUUGGUGACAUUGCUGAGGUCCAGAAACAUGCCUCACUGAAGAGGAUUGCCAUGCAGGUGGAACUUCAUACUAGCUUAGAGAAGAAGCUGCCGCUCUGGUUCCUACGGAAAGUGGAUCAGAAAUCGACCAUCGUCUAUCCCAACAAGCCCAGGUCUAGUGGGAGAUUAUUUCAUUUGUUUUACUAUUUAUUUUGCAACCAUGAAACAAGACAAGAAAUACCAAAUGCUGAUACAUCUUUGGAAAUGGAAAUAUUAAAGCAGAAAUACAGGCUGAAGGAUCUCACUUUUCUUCUGGAGAAACAGCAUGAGCUCAUCAAACUCAUCAUUCAGAAAAUGGAGAUCAUCUCCGAGACAGAGGAUGAAGAUAACCAUUGCUCUUUUCAAGACAAGUUUAAGAAAGAGCAGUUGGAACAGAGGUGCAGCAAGUGGAAUUCUGUGUUAAGGGCAGUCAAGGCAAAAACACAGCAGCCUGAGCAUUAG